UCCAGACUGGAAAUGUCCUCAAACUGAGCUGAGAAAUCUCGGAAAUCUUUUCGAACUCCAGCUGUAACUCUCAACCCGCAACUGGACAAAUGCUUCGUACCUGGACGCGUAAUUGCGCGUAGGGAUAAAUGUCACCGUUCAGAUUCCGAGAUUAGGAUCAAAUAUUCUCGUCUUUUUGCAGUAUUUAGGAGACAACUGUUCUCUAUUUACACAAAAAAAAGUAUGAUCAGUGCGGAUCCAAUGAUCAUAACUUAGUAAAUCAUCUCCUGUUCUCUUUAGUUUUAAAGUAUUAGUAUCAGCCCCGCUUCCUGCGUUUAAAAUGCUGAUCCUCGUGUAUACAGCUGUGUUCUUUUUCCUCAAGCAGUCAGCCGGCGUGGAGCCGAAUACAACAUGCCCAACACGAUGCGAUGUGAAUACCUGUCCGGGCCCCAGCUGCCCGAACGGCUAUGUGCCGGACCGCUGCAGCUGCUGCCUGGUGUGCGCCCAGGGGGAAGGAGAGCCGUGCGGCCGCAGGGACGAUCUGCCGUGCGGGGACGGUCUAGAGUGCAAACAUCAGGCGGGCAGGCGACUCUCCAAAGGAUUCUGUCAGUGCAAGUUAAACCACGUAGUUUGCGGCAGCGACGGGAAAACCUACGUUAAUGUUUGCCAUCUGAGGACGACCAGCAGGAAGGCCCUGCAGCAGGGACUCCCUGACAUCACCCAAGUCCAGCAAGGAGCGUGUGAGACCAGCAUAGGUCCUUCAUAUGCUUCCAGUCCUCGUUACAAGUUCAACUUCAUAGCUGACGUAGUGGAGAAAAUCGCUCCUGCUGUGGUCCACAUCGAGCUCUUUCUCAGGCACCCUCUCUUUGGUCGCAACAUCCCUCUGUCUAGUGGAUCUGGAUUUGUGAUGUCAGACAAUGGACUUAUUGUUACUAAUGCCCACGUAGUCUCCAGCACUACUCCAGUAUCCGGUCAACAAAAUCUCAAGGUUCAGAUGCAUAAUGGUGAUAUAUACGAAGCCAGCAUCAAAGACAUAGACAAGAAGUCGGACAUUGCUACCAUCAAAAUCAACUCACAGACGAAGCUGCCCGUAUUGUUUCUGGGACACAGUGCAGACCUGAGGCCAGGAGAGUUUGUGGUUGCGAUCGGCAGCCCCUUUGCCCUCCAGAACACUGUCACCACUGGCAUCGUCAGCACUGCACAGAGAGAUGGCAAGGAGCUGGGCCUGCGGGACUCUGACAUGGACUACAUCCAAACUGAUGCUAUUAUCAAUUAUGGGAAUUCAGGCGGACCUCUUGUCAAUUUGGAUGGGGAAGUGAUUGGCAUCAACACCCUGAAAGUUGCAGCAGGAAUCUCAUUUGCCAUUCCCUCUGACAGGAUCACUCGCUUUCUUAAUGAUUCCCUUGACAAGCACAACAAGGAUGUAAGUGUAAUAAAGAAGCGUUUCAUUGGAAUCAGGAUGCUGACAAUCACACCAGCGUUAACUGAAGAGCUAAAACAGCAGAAACCAGAUUUCCCUGAUGUUACUAGUGGUAUUUAUGUACAUGAGGUUGUUCCACACUCACCUGCACAGAAAGGUGGUAUCCGAGAUGGUGACAUUAUUGUGAAACUAAAUGGCAGACCACUGAUGACAACAGCUGACCUGCAGGGGGCACUGCAGGAGGAGACAGCCUUGCUACUGGAAGUCAGGAGGGAUAAUGACGACCUGCUCUUUAACAUCGAACCUGACAUUAUUAUGCAGUAGACAGUGUCGACGCAGCACUGCUGCAGAGUUAGACCAACAGCUAAGGCCCUAUUGUGUUAAAAGAACAUGGUGCAUGGUAGAACUUUAGGACAACAUGGUACAACGCAAUUUUGGCAUCAAGGUUUUACAACUGCCCACCCCCUACCUCUGUCAGGUACCCUGCAGUAAACCACACCCAUUUAAUGAAUGUUAACUAUUUGCUUCUUUUACAAUGAUAGUAUAUUUUUCACUCAGUACAUAGAUUUAAAUGAAGCUUAAAAAUAACUAAACAACAGCUGUUGGGCAGCAUUUUGUGGUGUACAUGCGGAAAAUGAAAGUUGUUUCAUGUACUGUUAAAUUGAUGAAUAAAAUGUCUAAAAAUUCUA